AUGGGUGACUUUCUUCAAAGAAUUGCUGCGUUAAAUCGUGUGCGGGCUGUUUAUCAACCCAGGAUAGACCAAAGAGUGGUGGUGAGGCAACCGCGUGGACAGUACCGGGACGAUAUUCAUGAACUAAAUGACGAAAAUUUUCGAAAACGGUACCGGUUCACUAAAGCAGGAUUCAAUUAUGUGCUGAACAUCAUCGCCGAUGAAAUCCCCCCUGCUCAGAAUAAUCGAGGACACCCGAUUCCGCCGGUUAUUCAGCUACAAGUGGCCCUACGUUUCUACGCCACGGGAACAUUUCAGAUCGUUUGUGGUGACCUUAACAAUGUUUCGCAACCAGCAGCGAGUCGGAUAGUUGCCAAAGCUCCAAGUGUGGCGAACAGAGAAAUCUACAGAUGCCGUAAAGGUUUCAUGUCUCUGAACGUGCAGGGAAUAGCCGAUGCAGACAUGAAGUUCAUUAACAUUGUAGCAAGGUGGCCUGGCUCCACGCACGAUUCGCGUAUUUUGGAUAACAGUAUGGUUUGUGCCCGUUUUGAAAAUGAUGAAUUUAACGGUCUGUUACUUGGAGAUUCCGGAUACCCUUGCAGGUCAUUUCUCAUGACUCCUUUCCGAAAUCCACAUGGUCACGCAGAAACCAGUUACAACACUGCACAGAAACGCACCCGUAGUGUUGUGGAACGCAUGUUUGGAGUUUGGAAACGCCGCUUUCCAUGCCUACGAACAGGCGUUCGUGUUAAACUGGACACAGCUAUGUUGAUCAUCACUGCAACAGCCGUGUUGCACAACAUUGCAGUCGACCUCGCCGAACCCGACUUCGACAGAGAUGCUCCGGAGCCAAUUGAUGAAGAACUCGCUAUUGAAGGGAAUGAUUUGCUGGGAAAUGCUGUGAGGCAAGCAAUCGUCCAGCAGUAUUUUCAAUAA